AUGGCCAAGAGAACUCACAAUACCGAGUCAACAGAGUUGCGCCCAUCGAAAAAGUCCAAGUCCGACGAUAAGCACUCGGAGAAGAAAGAAAAGAAGGACAAGAAGGACAAGAAGGAAAAGAAGAAUGGUGUCGACCAAGUGACCGGCAGUUCAUCCGAUGAGCAGACUGGCUAUACCCAGGCUUCGGCGCUCACUGAUCUGCCCCAGUCUCAGAUCGAUCAAUUCCUUGAGGAAAAGGUCAUCAAGAUCACCGAUUCGUCCACAGAGCCUAUGCCGCAGUUCCGCCCGAUCAUUUCCUUCGAUUACCUCCCGCCCUGCGACACGGAUCUGUACGCUCCAUUGAAGGCAUUCCCUGCCCCGUCCCCCAUCCAAGCCGCUACCUGGCCCCUUCUCUUCGCUGGUCGUGAUGUGAUCGGUAUCGCAGAGACUGGCAGUGGCAAGACCCUUGGCUUUGGCUUGCCCUGUCUCAAGAAGCUCUUGGAUUCUAAGCGGUCCAGGAAGCCUUAUCACCCCGCCGCUGUGAUCAUCUCGCCCACCCGCGAGCUUGCGAUGCAAAUCUAUGAUCAGCUCGUCAAGUUCUCUCACGUGGCCAAGGCCGACGUGACAUGCAUUUACGGAGGUGUCGGCAAGGAUGAGCAACGGGUGGCUCUUAAGACUGCUGCGAUUGUGGUCGCAACCCCCGGUCGUCUGAAGGAUCUCCAGAAUGACGAGUCCGUCGACCUCAGCAAGGUCAAGUACCUGGUCUUGGACGAGGCUGACCGCAUGCUGGACAAGGGUUUCGAGCAGGAUAUCAAGGAUAUCAUCGCGCCCAUGCCAGUCUCCAGGAGACAAACAGUCAUGUUCACGGCCACAUGGCCUCGAUCGGUCCGAGACCUCGCUGCCACCUUCAUGAGCUCCCCAGUCACCGUGACCAUUGGCGGUGACCCCUCUGCGGAUCCCCGUGCCAACACCAGAAUCAAGCAAGAGGUCGAAGUUAUGGACGGCCGCGAUAAAGAAAACCGAUUGAUCCAACUACUCAGUCGGUCCCAGAAAGGCCAGAACCCGGAAAAGGUCCUGGUCUUCUGUCUCUACAAGAAGGAGGCGAUGCGAAUUGAGAGAUUGAUCAAGAUGAAGGGCUUCAAGGUCGCUGGUAUCCACGGUGAUUUGAACCAGUCCGAUCGAUUCCGCAACCUUGACGCUUUCAAGACCGGUGCUGCUACCGUUCUCGUUGCCACUGAUGUCGCGGCCCGAGGUCUGGAUAUUCCCGCAGUCAAGUUGGUUAUCAACGUUACCUUCCCUCUUACCGUUGAGGACUACGUGCAUCGCAUUGGACGAACCGGUCGAGCCGGAGCGAACGGUCAUGCCAUCACAUUGUUCACUGAACAAGAUAAGGCACUUUCUGGCGGCCUGAUCAACGUCCUUAAGGCUGCUAAGCAGGAUGUGCCAGAGUCCUUGUUGAAGUUCGGCACCACUGUCAAGAAGAAGCAGCACGACGCAUAUGGUGCUUUCUUCAAGGACAUUGGCACCGACAAGAAGGCGACCAAGAUUACAUUCGAUGACUAA